AUGACGGACUCAGCACAAGGAAGCGGUGGACGCGGAGACGCGGAGACAAAGCAGCCACUGUUCUACGCGCCCUCGCCGCUCAACGUGUUCGGCGUCGACCCCAAGCAUUUCCAGAAAUGGCUGCAAGUGUGGGACGAAAGGCGAACGUUCAACGAUGUGCAGCCCUCUCCCGACCACCCAAAGAAGCUAAACUGUGUCUCUCCCGACUUUGUCCUUCGAGCGGGAAGAAGCAAGCAAUGGCGUUCAAGGGUGGUGGUGCUGCGAGGCCACUUCCUCUACUACUUUCGUUACCCCGUCAAGCCCUCGUUUGAAGGCAAGGCCAACGUGGUGAUGAUUGGACCCAACACCACUCGCAAGCCGGGGUGGCGGCCUGAUCUGACCAGGCGUUUCUACUUCAGCCUCAGCUCGCCCGCAGAGCUCAAGAAGUGGUAUGCAUCACUACCUGCGUACCCCCACGUGCUAUGCAUGCCCGAAGCAGGAAAACUGACUGUCCGCUCUGCCAGGUAUCAGAUGCUGAAGCUGGCCGCGCACACGGAGAAGACAUACAACAAGUACAUGGUCAAGACCAUCACCGUCCCGGCGACCUCUCCCCCUGCUCCUCCCACCCAGCAGGCGGCAGCAACGAAGGAUGCCAAAGCGUCAGCAGGGAAACAGGAGCGAACGGUCGAUAGCGACCCGCGCCCUGUCCAGCACAACAACGCCGAAGGGCAGUCACCGCCGCCGCCGCAGCAGCAAAAGAAAAGAGCAAACAGCAAGAAGAAGACGUCGUCGGGCGAGCGAUCCGCCACCGCCGAUGGAGCGAGCGGUAAAGUGUCGGAUGCUGGUGGCCAGACAGACGACGCAGCGGCCGAGCAGGCGGCGACGAACCAGCCCGACCCCAUCGAUUCAAGCAAGGACAAAAGCAAGAAGAAAAAGAAGAAGAGCAAGAGGAAGCAGACCGACGACGUCAAUGAAGCGAAGGAGGUUCCCAACGAAUCCUAG